AUGGAGGUCCUGAGUGUGGACCACUGGAGCACAGACGGACCGGAGGAGUGCCGCGCCUGGCUGGCCCCGGUGCAGCCGCCUGGCACCGGGGCGGCACACGACCCCUCACCGGACUACCUGCAGCCGUCGCCCUGCCCGAGCACCGGCUCCUACCACGAGAGCGGCUCCCCGGGGUCCUCCGGCCUCCCCAGCCCCCCCAGCUUCAGAAAGUCAGCCAAGAGCCCCUCCUCCUCCUCCUCGCUCAAGGUCCGGGACCUGUGCCGCCUGAACGGCACCGGGUCCGGGUCCGAUGAGGAGACGUGCGCCCGGCAGAGAGCCCCCCCCAGCAGACCGGGCCACGGGGUGCAGAAGCAGAGGCGCGUGGCCGCCAACGCGCGCGAGAGGAGGAGGAUGCACGGGCUGAACUACGCGUUCGACGAGCUGCGGAGCGUCAUCCCGGCGCUGGACAACGACAAGAAGCUGUCCAAGUACGACACCCUGCAGAUGGCGCAGAUCUACAUCAACGCGCUGGCGGAGCUGCUGGAGGGCCCGGUCAGCACCAGCACCAGCAGCACCAGCAGCGCGGACAUCUCCAGCUCCCACUCGCCAAACUGUGACAUUAUGCUUUCCUCCGACUCUGGCUUUGACGGAGCCUCAGACCGGGCCUCCACCUCCUCUGUGCCCGUCUCCUCCAGCGGUUUCCCCGGCACGACCUUCCGCUCCUCCUCCUCCUCCUCCGCCUUCGACAAGGAGUUCUCCGCCCUAAUCGAAGAGGCGAUGUGCUCGCCCUCCCCAGCUUCCUGCAGCCGGCCCGGCGGGAGGAAAGAGUCUCCCCGGAGCGACGGAGAGUUUUCUCCGCACUCUCACUUCAGUGACUCCGAUGAAAUAGCGAUGGAGCUCCACUCGAGCGAGGAAGACGACCUGUCCGACCUGAAGCUGCCCCGCCACCACCUGCACCGUCUCCCGGUGUCUUUCUGA